AGCGUAGUAGAACGCGACCACGUGUACUGUGUUGACUGUCAAAGUCUGAGGGAACCCAGUUUUCGGAAGCUGUGAGUUCAGAUAGAAGUUUCUGCACCUGAUUUCCCGGUUUGUGCGAAUCCCGAACCAUGAGCGCCCCCGGCGUGCUGUCCUUUACCCAGCAAGGGUGGGAGCUGGUACUGGCCAAAGUAAAAAGGGCUGUGGUCUACCUAGAUGCCGCCUGCGCGGAGAGUUUGCACUGGGGUUGUGGAUCCACCCGUCUCAUGGAGGCAGUGGGGGAUCCUGUGUGCUACCUACGGGAGUUCGAGCCUAAUGCAAUUGGUGGCAAAACGGAGCAGCCCAAGGCGGUGUUUGUAUUGAGCUGCCUGCUGAAAGGCCGGACUGUGGAGACCCUACGAAACAUCAUUUGCCGCAGUCACUUCCAAUAUUGUGUGGUGGUCACUGCCUUGAGCCACGCUGUUCAUCUCACGGCUAACCACGUGCCAGCGGCUACAGCGGCCGAGCUAGAGGGACAACAACCGGUAUUUGAGCAGUUAGAGGAGAAGAUGUGUGAGUGGAUGGGCAGCAUGAAUUACACGGCAGAGGUGCUGCACGUACCAUUGUUGCUUGCUCCUGUUGCUCCUUAUCUUGCCUUGACUCCAGCCUUUGCUUCCGUUUUUCCACUACUACCCCAAGACUUACAUCUACUUAAUAGUGCCCGAUCGGACAAGAGGAGGCUGGGAAACUUGGGUGAGGUGGAUGCCACUGCCCUGACCCCAGAGCUGAUGCUGCAGAUGCGGUGCCUGGUGUCAGGCCUUAGUUCUUUAUGUGAACAUUUGGGAGUUCGAGAGGAGUGUUUUGCUGUGGGUGUCCUCAGCCGGGUCAUCGCUGCAGAUCUGGCCAAUUAUGCUCCUGCCAAGAACAGGAGGAAGACUGCUACAGGCAGAGCAUCUGUAGUCUUUGUGGAUAGAACUCUGGAUCUCACAGGAGCGGUUGGACAUCAUGGAGACAACUUGGUAGAGAAGAUCAUUUCAGUGCUUCCGCAGCUCCCAGGCCACACAAAUGACGUGAUGGUUAACAUGCUGGAGCUCACUGCACUCCAGAUUCAGGAGGAGAAUCAGAAUGUGGUUGCACCAGGUUGUCUUGCACAAGCCAAUGAUUCAGCAGCCAGAGCCCUGUGGGAAGCCUUGCUGAACACCAAGCACAAAGAGGCAGUGAUGGAGGUUCGGAGACAUCUAGUGGAAGCAGCCAGCAGAGAAAACCUGCCAAUCAAGAUGAGUGUGGGGAGAGUCACUCCAGGGCAGCUCACAUCCUAUAUUCAGCUCUUCAAGAACAACCUCAAAGCUCUAAGGAAUCAUUGUGGGAUCCUCCAGCUUGGGCUCGCCACAGUUCAAACUUUGAAACACCCACAGACUGCCAAGUGGGACAACUUUCUGGCAUUUGAAAGGCUCCUUCUUCAGAGCAUUGGGGAGUCAGGGCUGUCUGUUGUGUUAAAUCAGAUGCUGCCCAUGUGUAAGCCAUCAACUCAGAGGACCAAUGAUGACUAUGGCCCCGAGGAUCUGUUGAUUCUCCUCAUAUACAUUUAUUCUGUCUCUGGAGAGUUUACAGUGGACAAAGACCUGGGAGAAGCUGAAGAAAAAGUGAAGAAAGCACUGGCUCAAGUCUUCUGUGAGGAGUCUGAAUUGUCACCUUUGCUGCAAAAAAUCACAGGAACUCGAGAUCCACAGUCAUGCGUGUCACUGGAGACCUGGAAGUGCACCAAGCACAGGACAUGGCACAGAGGAGCCACUUGGCAAAGCUGUUAAAGGAGUGAAUUGAUGCCUAAAACUCUUGAGUUCCCAAGAACUUUGUUUUGUUUUUUGUCGUUUUGAGGCAGGGUCUCUUUAUGCAGUUCAGGCUGGCCUUUAACUCACUUUGUAGCGCAGGCUGGCCUUGAACUCACAGUGAUCCUUCUGCUUCAGCUUCCUGAGUGCUGGGAUUGUAGGCAUUUGCCACCAUGCCCUGCCUUUUUUUUUGAGCUGGAAAAAGAGACAUGAUGAGGCCCUUUGGGGAUAUUAAUGAUACUCCUUAAUACAUGCACAGUUUGGAUGACAACUAGCAAGCGUCCAUUUCCAUGAAAGAUGGUAUUUUAUUCUCAUUUUGUGAUAGGAUACCUUGGCCAUUUUAUGCAAGAGCCUUUUGGGGGACAUUAAACUUUAGUGACCUUAUAAAAUUUCAAUAAAUUUUCUUUCUUUUUAUGUCCAAACAAAUCUUCUGCUCGGUUCAGCUGGCUCUAACAAUCUCUCCAGCAUGAUAGUGUCUCUUUGUCCCACUGUGAGCUUUGAAACACUGAGACUGCAAUGUUUCUGGCUCCCAGAGAACUUUUAUGUUAACCAAAAUUCCUUGUUUUGUUAAUAAAAUCCAGGCCCUGCCCUACCAGGCAUUACUAAAUGCUCUUAUUCCUGUUGUUUAAGACUAAGGCUUCAUAGAUCAUCUGACUUUGAGCAAGUUAUGUCACAUUUUGUGUAUUAAUUUUCUCUUCUGCAAAAUGAGUUUCGUAAUGGUACCUAUGUCAUAGCUUUGUUAGAACUAUGCCUGACAGAUCAUGGGUCUUCAGCAAAUAACAACAACUGUCUUGGUUGGGGUAGUGAUCACAGCAAUGAUGUUUACCUUCAAUUAAAGAAAUGUUACCUUCUAUUAUAGAAAUGUAGCCACUAAGAAAUUUCCUGGUGACUUAGUUUUUUUUCCCCUUUUUUCCAGCUUUAUUAAGGUAUUAUUGACAGAUAUAAUUGUAUACAUUUAUGGCAUGCUUGUUUUCUUUCUCUUAAAUGCAUUUAUUACUUUGAGAAUUAAAAGUCCAUUGGUCACCAAACUAAAAAAAAAUAUUGGACUGCCACCCAACCUAUAGUCAACUUGAUUUGACAAAGCAAGAAUCUUCUAGGUAGAUGUUCAAAAGACUCAUUGCUCUCUGAAUUGUGGUAAGCACAUGACGAUGUUUGGGGGGAGGCGAUUGUCUUCCUGUUGUUAUUCCCCUUUGGAAACCCUAGUUUUACCCUACUUACUGAAGGAAAGCAAUACUCUUAAUUUUUGUAUGAGCUUCUUGUAGUUAGAGGCCAGCCAUGGAAAUGUCAUGUGACAUCACUACUGAUUGGCAGUGGGUUCUGGGUUUCAUUUGUGUUACUGAAAGGGGAUGAGAAUCCUUUCAGUGUUUGGAGGGUUGUGAAAUGAGAGCAUACUUAAAGGGUAUGCCAAGCCUAUUCCAAACACUGGCAGUCCUUACCAGUGUUUGCAAACUAACUUCAAGGGGGCUUGACUUUUGUUAGCCAUCAAACUGCAAGAUUUUAAGUUGGUCUGUCUGUCUCUCUCUCUCUCUCUCUCUCUCUCUCUCUCUCUCUCUCUCUCUCUCUCAUUCAUGCCCUUACAUCAAUUUUAAUUUCAGGGACAACAUUUUUGGAAACAGAAUAUUUGUAUUAGGCCUUUUUUUUUCUAGAUAAUGACUCUUUUUUAGGUCUCUACCCAAGUACUUCUUUCAGUAUGGAUACUUUUUUCAAUAUGGAUACCACCAAAAUAAAAGCUUUUCUUUGAAAGAUGUGAGCAACUUGUAGACUAAGAGGAAAUGUAAUGUAGGGGUUAGGAAGUAGAAAAGGGAGGUGUGGGAGUCAAAAUUUAGUGUAUCCAGCUCUUUCUGCCUGUGAGCUCAGCAAUUCCUUACCUCUUUUUUUCUUGCUUACAGGGCUGGCUGAAGCUGUGCUCUGCCUAGUCUGCUUCCAGCAGCAGCUAGCUGGCCAGUGCCAUGCUACUAUGCCUUGCUCGACUGAGCCCAGAGGAAUAGUCUACUUAUUCUACAUGAUAUUUUAUGGACUCAAAGCAUUUUAAACAUUUUUUUCAUGAUAGAAAUACUUCAGUUAUCUCUUUUUGUGAUCAAAUUAUGUUAACUGGAAAGGUUUAGACAUUUUGUGUAGGUGCAUUUGCACCUAUAGUUUUCUUUCUUCAAUUGGUUCUUCAGCUUUUAUCUUAUGUUGAAUUUCAGGACAUCUAUGACAAAGUGGUGGCAUCCAGAGGUCCUGUGGUUGCUUAAAAAUCUCUUGGUGCUUCAGUGAUGUGUUAAAAUCCUUUUGCCUUGUUCAUGUUCUGGAAAAUCCCACAAUACUGAGCUAUUUGCAUUAGAAAAUAUAUAACUCCGGUUACAGAUGAAUUUAGAAACUCUAAGAGAAUUACCAGGACUACACAAUUUUUACCUCUGUCAGUAUUCUUUUGCCAUAUAAUAUAUCCUAUUAUAUAUCACAUGUAUUUAUUAGUUGUUACCUUAGUUUCCUUUUCAUUGCUGAGACAAAGUGCCUGACAUCUAAAGUUAGGGAUGGAAAAGUUUAUUUAGCUCAUAGUUUGCAGAGUUUUCAGUCCAUUUCUGUUGGCUCCAAGAUAGGAUAACAGUCAUGGUGGGCAGAAAUUAGCAAAGCAAUAAGCAGGGAGAGACGAGACUGUUUCUGUCCCUUAUAUAUUGUAUCUAAACUGCUGGGAUUGGGGUAAUGCCAAAGCAAUCAGUAGACUGAUUUAGCAGUCACACACCCUUAAUUCCAGCAUCACCCCUCCAGAUUGAACUACUUCCAAAACAUCCUAAAACUGCAUGAAGCUUUGGGGUGGCAUCUAGACACAAACUGUAACAGUUGUUUACCAAGUACUUCUAGAAUCCUCCAUCUGGUAGAUUGUGCUUCUUUGCCUUUUGAAGUAAGGUAUAGCAGUAUGAUUUGCUUUUACCAAUAAGAUAUGAACAGAGAGGCUUGUGUCAUUCCUGGGCAGGAGCCUUUAGGAGCUUUUAAAACUCCCCUUCUGAUUCCUGGUGAACAUGUAAUGCGAGAGAGAGCUUCUGUUGUAAGUCACUGAGCUUUGUGCAUUUCUUAUGACAUAAGCUAGCCUAUCUUAAGGAAUAUAUAUUGUCACAUGUGAAAAUAAAAGGCAUAUCUGUCCUGGGUGCUCAAAUAAGACUCCUGCUAACUCUGAAAAACUAUGAGUAAAUGAUGUUUCCAUCUUUAAACCCAACCCUGUGGCCUAGAAAUGAAGUAUUCUGAAUGGCCAAGCCAUUAUUGCUUCUUUAUCCUGAGCCAGAGAGGAAAUCACCCCAUUCAGCACUCAUAGACAAAGCAAGAAAAAGGUAGGCCUCCAAAAGAAAUAGAACCAUCAGAAAGGCAAUAGAUAAGUGUUAGGCAGAUUAAAAUGGAAUAUAUUCUUGUAUCAUAAGAAAUAAUGAGAAAUAUUUGCAGCAUUUUAUUUUAUUCUGGAGCCAAAAUUCCAUUGUUAAACCUUUUAAUCGGUCGUUCAUUAGCUUUACAAAUCUUUCAAGAGAAUUGUAUUGUCUUCUUUAUUGCCAUACUAUACAUAUAUGCCAGAGAAAAAACUUUAAUUUUGCAUGCUCAAAGUGGAAACUGUCAACCCACAGCCAUUUGUCAAUAAUAAUUUAAAAUAUGAAUGUAGUAACAUGACUGCCUUUGCUUCCUUUAAAUUCUUUCCAUAUUAUCCCUAGGAUUUCCGCAAGAUCAGUUUUAGAGAAAAUAUCACCAAUGAGAGGACAAGUCAUCCCUUCUGUCACUGCUGCCUACCUCUGAUGAACCCUUACUCAUGCUUCUCUCUAGAAUCAUGAUGAAAGCAAGUUUUGUGUCACUGCUGUUGUGUGGAAACUUCAAUGCCUCUUUCUUCCUGUGCUCCAAUUUGUCUAUUGACCUAAUUUCUUAUAUUUUUUCUUAUCGCAGCCCACAGUUUCUGCCUUUUAACUUUCCAUGCAUAUACUAUUUAAAUUUGUUGUAAUAGCUGAAAUGUUUGGAUUUAGGUCAACUAUUUUAUUACUUGUUUUCUAGUUCUAUGUUUCAUUAUUCUGUUUUCUGUCUCCUGACUUGUUUUGAGUUGUUUUUAACAUCUUUUAGUGUUUUGUUUAUAUCUUGUGUUUGAUUUCUUUUUCAAAUAAUAGUCUUCUAGGUGCUUCAAGGAGUUGAACAUAGGCAUUUAACAUGAUUUGCUUACAAACAGAAACUAUAUUGUGUAUUUUAGAAGGUAAUUCACUUAAUUCUUAUAACAGCAUGCUUAAGUAUAUAUAAUUAUUGAUUCAUACUUUAAGGAUGAGGAAAUUGAAGGACUUGAAGUUGAAGUGGUUGGACUAAGGUCACGCAAGUGUUGGAAAUAGGUCAGAUUUGCAGAAAAUCUGGCUUCAGAGUCUACCUCUUAAAUUCCUACAUUAAGUACCUCUAAUUAAUUGUGAUUGUAGAAUAAUAAUAACAAAAUAAAGAAAAGAUAAUGCAUCAUUAUUAUUAAACAUUUACUAUAUCUUAGUUCUAAGCUAGGUACAUUAUACGUAGUAUCCCUUUGUACACCUAAUCCAAUGAAUAAGUGUUAAUUUGUUCAUGUUUUAUUGAGAAUUAUGUCAUGUACUGUGCUAAGGCUCUAAACCUAGAAGGCUACAUUUCACAAUAAGGAAAUUCAUUAAACAAAAUGAUUCACUGAUGUGAGUGCAGUUGUGAAAAGUAUCCCAGAGGAGCCUGUUAGUGAGGAAGAGCUUUCUAGCUAAGUUUACCAAUCAGGACAGGAUAGAUUAUUUUGAAAUAACGGUCCUCAAAAAUUCAGUGGCUUGAAACAAUAAAAAUUUGUUUCUUGCUUAUGCUACAUGUCCAUCAGAAGUGGACUGAGAGCUCUGUACUCCAUUGUUAUUUUUGACCUCCUCACUCCAGGAAACUGGCUGACAGAGCUGCCACUAGCAAGCACACAGCUAUUCCCAAAAGAGGAAAAGAGCAAAGUAAACAUAAGUGAUGAUUAAAUCUCUGUCAACAUGUCACACAAUAGCUUCUUCUCAUUGACCAGAGUAAGAUGUAGGUCACUCCUAAUUUAGAGGGCUAGUAGAAGUAUAAUCCUACCUUCCCGAUUGGAUGCAGGAAAAUCAGAAAUAUUUGGGAACCAGCACCAAGAUCUGCCAGGCUUGUCCUCAGCUCAAGGUUACUUUCUUUAGGAGGCAGAGUUUGAGGUGAAUUCAGAAGCAAAAAACAAAGAAAUUGGGGUGAGAAGUAAUAUAGUAUAGUAAAUGAAAGAACAAAUAUGAAUAAGGUGACGGGAUAGAAGAGAGUACUGCAGGCCUGGAGCUAGGUUAUGAUUGGGGAAUGUUUUGGGAAUUUAGCUCAGUGGCAUAAGCCCCUGCCUGGCAAGUGCAAGGUCAUGAGUUCUAUCCCUGGUAUUAAAAAAAAAAAAAAAAUUGGGAAAUGUAUCCUAAAGGCCAUGAGAGCUCAAUGGGAGCUGAUGUGGAGGUUUAAAUGGGAAAAUGCACAUAGUCAAAUUUGUGUUUUCUCCAGGAUCCCAUGGCUAGUGUGGGCAAGAGGCAGUAGAAGAGGGGUGGACAGUAAAUAAUAAUGGGCCAGUGGGGAGGCUAAUGUUUUGGUACAGUUAGAGAUGGUGGUGACUUGUUUUAGGCAGUGAUAGCUGAAAGAAGUGGGUAGAUUAGAGAAACAGGGGUUGAAGAUUGAUCAGGUUCUCUUCCAGGAGUCCCAUGUUUUUUUAGGGAAAAUACUAAGACUAGGAGCGAUAACAGGUUGGUCACUGAGUGGCAUAAUAGGAAUUCAAACCUGAGUCUGAUUUCUAGACUCGUGUUCUUACCUCUCGUAUUAUACUCCGUCAGGAAAAUGGUCUGAGGAGGACAGUAUGUCCCUCCAGUAAAGAAAAGGCACAGAUUUUUAGGACUCUGUCUUGACUAAGAUGGAGUUUAUAGUGUUUUUCAUGGUAGAAGUCUUAACUCUUCUACCAUUCUUUGCUCACCUUAGAGCCAUGCCAGCGGUGCAGCAAACCCCAGUUUUGCAUUUAUACAGAGGUAACAUGAAAAUCAAAGUCAAAGUGCUUCCAUUUGAAUUAAUUUAUUGUUAAUGUUUAAUUUCUUAAUUAUUUUGUAUUAUCAAAUGUUUUAGGCUUGGCUAAGUGUCUUAGAGGUUUUAGUUGACCCCAAUUUCUUUCUUACCACCCCCAACCUCACCUCCUACUCUACUUUCUCUUUUCUUUUUUAUUUCUUCAUCCAUCAUUUACUCAUCAAGAACUUUCUGAGUAACAUUUAUUUUAGGGCAGCAUGGCAGAGUGACUCAGGACAUGGACUCUAAAGUUGUUCUGUAAAACACUCUUCCAUCCUUUCUACUGACAUUACAGUUCUAGGCCCAUUUCAAUAUUUGCUGGUCUAUGCAGCUUUAUUAGCUUCUAUUGAUGAGUCCUAAGGGACCUGCAUUUGUUGUAGAUGUUUAAGCAUGCUCAUCUCACGCUAAACCUUUAGUCCUCUUUGUAGUCUAUUUUCCUUGACAAUGAGUGUCUCAUUCACUAUUCUUCUUUUGCUUCUCCCAAAGUACUCACCAUGGUGCUAACCACACAGUGAUUUCCUAAUGCACCCAACAAGAAGAUGAUGGAGUUUUUUCUUAUCCUUCAUAAAAAACUACUAUUUCAGUAUGAUCAUCUAUGAAACACAAGCAGUUUUGAAAUGUAGUAAAAAUUUCAAAUAGCAUAACCAGAAACCUAAAUUAAUACAUUAAAAUAUGAAAAAUUUUAAACAGUGUAAUUAACAAUGUCACUGUAGUUUUGAUAAAGAAAUACAAAGUUUUACUUACUUAAUUAAUUUCUCUUCUCUUCUCAAUUUUAUGCCCAGGAAUGUACAAUGCUGAAUAGCUUUCUACCAAGAAUAGUCCACAGUUUGUUCUAACUUUUGCUUUUAUAUUUAGCAUAAAAAUGUGCUUGAAAGUGAAAACUUCAGAGAUAAAUGGAACCCAAAAUAAUUCAGUUAUGAUAUUAAAAGAACUAAAGUUAUAUGCACCAUAAAGUUCUAUAAGAGUAUAUUUUGGGGCUGGGGAAUUAGCUCAGUGGCAUAAGCUCCUGCCUUGCAAGUGUGCAGUUGUGAGUUCAAUCCCUGGUACCGAUAAAAACGAAAAAGACAAAAAAAAAAAAAAGAGUAUAUCUUGUUGUUACUAUCCUACCUUGUUUCUUGUUUACCACCAAAUCUCUAAUUAUAUUGUGCUGGAUGAUCCCAUGAGCUACAGAGACUAGAACUCUCGGGACAUGGCAGGUGGUCUCUGUCAUGUGAUUCUGUCUUAAGCAAUGAAUAGCACAAGCUGUUCAAUUGGCAUGGAUUUUGUUUUUGUUUUAAAUAAACUUUAUUUUUAGAAUGGCUUUAGAUUUACAGAAAAAUUGCAAAACUAGCACAAAGUUCUCAUACAUCCUUGGUCCAGUUUUCACUAUUAUUAGUAUAUGUACUAGUUAUUAUUAAUUAAACACGUAUUAGUAUGGCACAUUGGUUCCAAGUAUCAAACAGAUACAGAUUCAUUAUUAUUAGCUAAAUUUCCUUAAUAUUUACCAAAUAUCUUUUUGUGUUCUAGGACUAUAUUAUAUUUAGUUAUCAUGUAUUCCCAGGCUUCUCCUGGCUGUGACAGUUCCUUACAUUUUUCUUGAUUUUGGUGGCCUUGAAACUCUUGAGAAGUACUGCUCAGGUGUUUUAUAGGAUAUCUUGUAGUGGAGAUUCGUUUUAUGUUUUUCUCAUAAUUAGACUGGCAUGAAUUAAGAAAAUCACAAAGGAAACCUGCCAUUUUAAUUGUAUUGUAUAAGAUAUAUGGGGUCAAUGUGUUGUUGACCUUUACAAUCUGCCUGAAGUUACGUUGUUCAGGUUUUUCCACUGUACUCUCUUCGUUGUGCUGUUAAUGUCUCUCUUUGCUAUGCUGUACUCUUUGGAAGGAAGUUACUGUGCCUAGCCCACACUCAAUGAGUGGGAGUUUUGCUCCACUAUGUUGAGAGCAAAAUAUCUACAUAAAUUACUAGGCAUUUUUCUGCCCAAAGAGAUUUUUCUCUUAUUUAUUUCAGUAUGGGCUAGUGGAUAUUUAGUUUAUAUUUUGGUUAUAAAUGUUUCAUUUCUUUUGUUUCUCAGAAUACUCUAGUUUUGGCCAUUGGUGCCCUUCAUGCAGCUUCUUUCACUCUCACUGCUUCCUUCCUUGCAUUACAAAUUGAGACAGACUCAUUUUGUGUAUUUCCUACCCCUGUGCUAAAAUCAGCUAUUUAAAGUGCUAUUACUAGAGGGGUUGGGGAAUCAAGACCCAUGUUUGUUGCUGUUGGAAUAUCAUUGCUCUUUAUGUCCUCUUAGCUGACAGAGUAUCAAGAUGUAUAUAUUUAUACAGAUCCAUACCAAUGCUUAUAUUAUAGAUUUUAUUGUAAAACCAUUUGUCUUCAGAUUAAGCUAAACAGUAUACCAGUGGCUUCAAUACUACUUAUUACACAUGAAUCAUUCAGUGUAGAGGGGAAUAAAGGGAUCCUAGACUCAUCUCCUUGUGUGUCUAUAUAAUUCACACUGACAGUAGAAAAAGCUUGGCUCCUGUUGUCAUACAUUUAUUAGUCUACAUUCAUCCUCAGCCCACCUUGAAGACGAUGCAAGUGAGAUUGCAGGCUUUGUAUCCAGAGACAUUUGAUAUUUAUUCCCCUUCUCUUUUAUGUUUAUUUUGAUCAUCUGGCUGAGGUCUGUUUUCUACUUGUCAGAUUGUUACUGUGUUCUUCCUGUAACUAACAGCCAGGUCCUUGUCAUUUCUUUUGAUACCAUAUAAAUAUCCUGCUUCUUUUUAAUUAUUUUUUAUUUUAAAGAGGAUAAAACAAAUAAAACCAAUCAAAACAAACCAUGUAAAAGAUACAGGACUUCAAAACAUUACAAAAUCAGCAACAGUUAUCAUAAUGCCUUUUGAUGUCUUCAAAAUAGCCACAGAUAACUGUGGACAUAGUAAAAAUCAAAAAGAACAAAAUAGAAUAGAAACAAUAAAAACAAAACAAUGAAUGCAGUAAAGGACUUCAAAAGAAGCCUAUAGUAAAUCCAAAAUUACUACCAUAAUAUCUUGCUAUCUUUGAAAUAGCUGCUCCUGCCAUUGGAUUUAACAUAAUGAAACAAAACAAAAGAGAAUAAAACCUAGCCCAACAAAACAAUGGAGAUGAUAUAGGACUUCCAAAACAAGACCAUAGGGAAUCAACAAUGGCUGUAACCCUCAGAAGGCGAUCCCCUCUAGAUGUCACACUGCAUACUGCUAUCCUCUGAACCUAUGAUUAGAUCACUGGCCCUAGACCUGCAAGAAACACCAAAAAGCACCACAGGCAUCCAAUUACAUUUCAUCUCCAAAGCUAUCAUCACAGCCUGUGUUUCUCCUGACAUGCAUAUGGCAGGGUGUGUGUGUGUGUGUGUGUGUGUGUGUGUGUGUGUGUGUGUUUGGUACUUCUUGUUUGCCAGCCCGUGCACUGGAAGGGAGUGGGGUCUGUCUGUCCCAGUCUGCCUGCAGCCCAUGCAUGGUGCUGGUUCUCAUACUGGGCUUGCUUGCUGGUAUGGCUUUGUUCUCUCUUAAAUAUCCUGCUUCUAAUUAAACUUUCUCCCAAUGUUUUUGUCCCAAGUGAUCUUACAGACAUGGUGAUUUUUAACUGUGCUCCUCUAUCCACUCAUCACAAGUAGAAAUAGCCCUGGAUCUGUGUGUGUGUGUGUGUGUGUGUGAAUAAUUUAGUAAGUUGUACUUUAUUAAUUUCGGUGUCUAGUUAGGUUUGGUAAGUGGGAACUGCUUUAAACUGGUUUUGGUAUGUUUUUGACAUGCCUUAAGGAUGCAGCACUUUCUUAGUUUUUGAUACAAUAAAGCUUACCUUACACUUUUCUGGCCUCAUUUCUAGAAUCUGCUAUUGUUUUCAAGAUCCCUUGGUUCUUUUCAAUGGGAGUUUCAUAUAGCAACCAAGAUCUAGAAAUUUGGUAUGGUUAUUAUUACUGAAAAAUUCUAGGAUGCUCAAGAGACAUUAGGGAAAGAAAGUUUUAUAUGUAUGUAUAUAUACAAAUACGUAUAAUAUAUGAACAUGUGCACAUAAAAGCAUAUCUUUAUUAGAACAUAUGUAAAAUUAUGACUGCCUUUCUAAUCUGACGUCUCAAGGUUCAUCCUUACCUUUAUUAAUGCUUAUUUGUGAGUCAGUUUUUUCCAUAGUGAAAGGCCUGGCUCUUGGCAGUGCAACACAUUUACUUUAUUUCCCUAGUUGUACAGGACAUAAAUUAAAAGAAAAGAUCAUUUCAAAAUUGCUGAAUUCAUUCCAUUUUUUAGCAGAAAAGUCUGCUAAAGAUAGAUCAAGAUUUACUAGCACUUUUUCUAGACUGAGAGAUAUAUGUAUAAUUUUGGUAUUCCAAUAUCAUAGAUUUGUCAAGUGGGAACUCAUUUAAGCUGGUUCCCAUGCUACCAUUAUUUGAUGGGACCUUCUUACUUUCUGGCACAACAAAGCUUAUCUUAUGCCUGUCUUACCCUUAUCCUUGGAAAAUUAUUGCAUUUUAGUGUUACUUGGAUUAUUUCUUCCCAAAGCUGCUUUCCAGUCUGUCUCCAGUUUGGUUCUAUUAUUUAGUCAGGUUUCAUUUAGAGUUAUUUAUUCACGUUUGUUUUUCUAUGUGUAUUUAUUUAAUUGUAUUUUUGAACAUGUAGAACAUGUAACAUUCUUCCGAGUUUAAAACUAUGUAAAUAGUUACAGUGAAAAAUAUCACUCUUUUCUCUGUCCUUUCCAGCCUGUCCUUCUAUCUCAUCCCUUUAUAGGUAACUUGUUAUAAUUUUAAUAUGAAUUUUUCUUUUAAGUAAAGUUGAACAUAUUUUCAUGUUUCAAUGUAAAUUUUUAUUUUAUGUGAAUUGUCUAUUCAUGUAUUUUGCAUGUUUUCUAUAAUAUUUUGGUCUCUUUCAUAAAAUUUUAGAGUUAUUUACAAAUUAGAGAUGUUAGUUCUUUAUGAUAUAUUUGCAAGUAUUUUCUCAUUUAUUUGUGUUGUGAUUUUGUUUGUGGUGUUUUGUUCUUCAAUCUUUAUAGAUGGUCAAAUACAUUAAUUUUUUUAAUAUGUUUAGAUUUUGAGUCAUAAUUACAAAAAUAUCUCUCUCAGGUUAUAGAAAACUUACUUAAAAUUGAUUGAUCAAAAUUUCUUUUUCCAGUGGCUGUCCUGUUGCUCCAACACUACUUGUUAGAAAUUCUGUCUUUGCCCCAGCAUUUUGAAAUGUACUUUAUCACAUGCUAGAAUAAUUUGCAUCUAUAGCUGACUUUCUUUCUGGGUUUCUGUACUGUUUCAUUUAUCUGUGUGGCUCUUUGUGCUUUUAGUUAUAGAGACUUUAUAUAUUUGGUAUAAUUAUUCUACCCAUGUUGCUUUUCCUUUUCAUUAUUUUCUAGAUAUUAUUGUUUUUUUUUAAAUAUGAAGUUUAACAUAUAGUAAAAUCAAUUGAUCUAAUUUCAGGAGAAAAAAGGUUAGUUUUUUAAAAAGCUUGGUUUUCAUAAUAUUUAUAUUCUGACUUAAUGAGAACAGACAUCUUUUGAUGAUAUUGAAGCAUCAUAACCAAGAAGCAAGAAUGUCUUUUGAGUCUGCAUUUAUGCUUUAGAAGAGUAUUUUAUUUGUAUAUGUUGACACUUCUAUUUAUUCUAAUCUAUUUUCUCUUUUUCCAUUGUUACUACAAAGGAGAUUUCUUUACUACUGUAAAUUUUUCAAAACACUGCUUUAUACAUUGUUUUUUAAAUUUUGAACAACUAUCUCAACAGAGGCAAACUGUGUACUGGCAUCAAAGGUAUUUCUUCCAUGAGUAACUUCCUCUAUAUCAGUAGAUAAGUUUAAAGCUUCACACAUGUUCUGUGAACUACUGGUACCCUUUAUUAUCUAGAAUUUAAAAGAUCAACUGUUAUCAAAUAAGAAUAUCAUUCUGGAAACUCUGGGAGUUGCUCUGGAAUACUGCAACAGGAAUGUUGUAAUAGGGGUCAAAGAGAGGAACAGGAUCAGAUAGAGAGAGAGGCCCCAGUCUCUUUAUAGGUUUAAAAUACAGCUCUUAGUCAUCAUAGAAAUGAGUGAUAUAGAUCCAUAAAGCUUCUGGUCCUGAGUGUCUACAAGCCAUUCCUUUGUAUAAUGCAUCAGAGGUAACGUGUGCUAAAUAUUUUACUAUUCAGAAAGUAUUUGUCCUUUCUUCCUGUCCAUGGGAGCUAUAAGUGCUUCAGUGUAAUUUUUAUGUUUGACAUUUUUCUGUCUCCAUUGAGGCAUUUGAAGUUAUGCCAGAAGUGGAGAUCUUUCUUUUCUACACUUAAUGUCACAGCUGGGACUUGCAUAAUUCAUUCUUAAACACAGUUUAGGGGUGGUGAUUAUUUAUAUAAAAGUUCUGAUAUUUGCAGGCCUGAGAAUUUUACAGAAAUUCUACUGUUUUUAUAUUUCACUUUCCAAAUUGGUGUAUCUUACAGUCAUUGCAAAAGAUAGUAAUAAAUACAAAAAAGAAAGAAAGAAAGGAAGGAAGGAAAGAAAGAAGGAAGGAAGAAAGGAAGGAAGGAAGGAAGGAAGAUUGAUUGCCUCAGAAUAGUACAAAAGUAACCAGAAAUUCACUGUUAGUACCUGUUGAGUAGGACUUAGAUUGUAUGUGAUUCCAUAGGGAUCCUUGUGGAUCUGUUCAUUUAUUCCAUUCGUUUUUCAUCCGGGUCUUAUUCUCAUAGGAUGCUUUUUCAGAAAAUUUGUAAAAACAUCCCUUUAAUAAUGGAAAUUUAAUAUGGGAAUUUGUAAUGUAGUCCUAUACAUUUUUAACACCUAAUUUAAAAGGUAUUUUUUUUUAUCUAGCAAGGAUAUUUUGGCUAAUUAAUCAGAUUUUUUUUUAUUUUAAAAAAAGAUUAAGAUAAAAGAGGACAUAACAAAAUAGGUCAGAACAGAACAGUUUAAGUGGCUAACUAAUCAGAUUAAGAAACCAUUUGUUUCUCACUGUACAGAUACAUAUAUGCACAUUUAUUUAUUUACUUGUAUAAUUUAUUUAUAUAUAUGAUGACAUUUUAUAUAUGAUGGCAUUUCUGAUUCUGCAGGACCAUUACUAGGCAUUUUAAUAUUUUUAAAAGUAGUAAAUGAUCAGUAGAUCAUAUUUGUUAUAUAUUUCUAUAUCAAUCAUUUUUUCAAUGUGUUUGUUCUCCAUAGAAGCUCUCAAAAGUAGUUACUAUUAUCUUAUAUUGAUCAGAUGAGAAAGCUGAGCUAGUUAGAUAACUUGCGCAAACUCAUGUAGGUUGCAAGUAUUGAUAAUUUCAUUCCUGAGUUCUGAAGCACUAUAGAAAUGAAAGCUAAGUGUUCUGUAUAUUAAAACAACAAAUAUUAGAGUACUGCUAUUAUUAUUUUCUUGCUCAGCUACCUGAUAGCCAUUCUGGUUUCCUUUUAACUUGUUCUAUGAUUUAUUGAUAUUUCUUAUACUUUUGAACUGGUUUUUUCUUUGUAUUUUUUAUGUCUACUGAAUUAGACUGAGAUUCAAUUCAUUGCCUUCUCCAAUGUUUACAAAUAUUCAUAUACUUUUUACUAAUGCAUAUUUAUUUUUUUAAAUUGAGGAACAUAGUCAAAUGUAGAUUAACACUCAUUAGAGGAUAUAUAGUGAGAAAAAGGGUUAUGAAUUGUGUUUUUGGUGGGCACAAAGGAGGAGGAAUAUGAUGAUAAUUUUCUCUUUUCUAUUUCAACUUCAUGCUUUCUGAAAUUUUGUGAUGUCAUGUGGAAAAAAGAUUACAGAAAUAGUGUAAUCUCUAGGGAUGAAAUUGGUGAUUGGAAAAUUGAUGAAAAUUGUUUACUUUUUGUGUAUUUCUAACAUUAAUAGCAGUGGUUGAAAUGACAGAACCAAUUGUAAUGGUACUUGUAUUCACUUAAAAUGCCUGGAUAUAGCAGUGAACAACUCAGGCAAUGAUUCUUACCUAUAGAGCUGACAGUUUAGCUGGUGGACGCAUUCAAUACCAGUAAUCAUAGUACAUGGAUAGAUAGGUGAGUGGAGAUAUGCAAAAAAAUUAUAGGAUAGCUUCAAGGAGCUGAUGAGACAAUGGGAAUAAAGAAUCAUACAGCAGUUUAGGAAGUCAGAGAGCAUGUGUGUGCAUGCACACAUGUGCACAGAAUUAAGUGGAGAUGUCAGGAAAGGACUCAUUGAGAAGACAAGAUUUGCAAACAAGUUGAGGGAGUUUAGAUGUGUGGGUUGGAGGGAGGGAAGCUUAGCAGGGAGAGAGAACAGUUAAAGCAAAGCUUCGCUGAGGUAGGAGUGAGUCUGGAAUGUUUAAGGAACAGAAUGAGCAAGAUGGCAGUGGGCAGCAGCAGCUAUGAAUCUAUGGGGCCUUUUAAAGACUGUGGUUUGAACUCUGAGUGAAAUACAGAGUCAUUGAAGUAUUUUUAGCGGAAGAAUGACAUGAUUGGAUCUUGCUUUUAAAAGAUCAUAUUGUGUGCUCGUUUAAAAAGACCCUGAAGAGGAGAAUGAGAGCAAAAGCAGAGAGUUUUUGAAUAACAUGGGUGACAUGUGGUGGAAGCAUGGACCAGUUUGUGAUAAAGGCAGUGAAAUUAGAUUCUUGUUACAUGAAGGUUAUUCCCUAAGGAUCGAAUGUAAAUUAGAAGUGAGACAGAAGGGGGAAAAGUCUGUCAAAGAUGACUUGUACAAGAAAUAAUAUGAAGAAUGAACAAAUGGGAUUAUAUCAAAUUAAAGGCUCUGUGCAAUAAAGGAAACAGAGAAAGAGAUAACCAAUAGAAUGGGAAGAAAGUGGCCAGCUACUCCUUGGUCAGUGAACUGAUAUCUACAAUAUAUAAAAAAUUAACAAAAAAUGGUAUCUCAAAAUAAAAGACCCGAUUAAGAAAUGAUCAACUAAAAUGAAAGAGGAAGAAUUAGUAGUAUAAAUGACUAGUUAGAAGAAGUAUAAAUGGCCAAUAACUACAGGAAAAAAUGAUCAAUGUCUCUGGCCAUUAGAGAAAUGAAAACUAAAACAACAUGGAGUUCUGUCUUAUUCUAGAAAAAGAAGCUAUCAUCAAGAAGUCAAAUAUAAAAAGACUGAUGAGGCUUCGGGGCGGGGGGAAGGAACCCUUUUACGUUGUUCAUGGGAAUGUAAACUGAUACAGUCACUAUGAAAAUCAGUAUGGAGAGUCCUCAAAACACUAAAAACAGAAGUUCCAUUAAACCUAGUUAUUCCCCUUCCAGGAAUCUUCCUGAAAGAGUUAAAGAUGUCAUAUUAUAAUGGUACAUGUAUACUCAUUUUCAUAGAAGCACAAUUUAGAAUACCUAAAUCUUUGAAAUAGGCUUAAGGCCCAUCAACCGAUAAAUUGAUAAAGAAAAUGUGGUAUUUUUACAUGAUGGAGUACUAUGCCAUAAAGAUAAACUUGAGUCAUUUGUAGGGAAAUAGAUGCCCCUUGAGACUAUAAUAUUAAGUAAAAUAAAUAAGACACACAAGCUUAAAUAUUGCAUAGUAUCUCUUAUAUGAGAAACUCAAAGUAUAUAUAAAUUAAAGAGCAAAAUAAAAGAUGAUAGGAAACAAAGAGAUAGGGGAACAAGAGAUGGAAGAGGGAAGGGGGGGUGGAAAAAGAGAUGUCAAAAUAAUUGAGAUGUGUUAAUAUGAUGAAUGUAAUCAUUGUGUACUGCAAAGCAUGUACUGUGAAAUAUAAAAAAAUUUUAACAUUUACCAUUUGUAGUCAAUUUGACUUUGGGGAAGAGCUCAAAUAACAUGGUACCAGUUCCAGUGAAUAAGGUGAAUGACACACUGUAAUUUUUUAUUUGACAGCAAUUAUCAUAAGUGGUUGAUCAAUGAGGGAAUGAUUAUAAUAUAGUGAGUGAAUGUUUAAAAUUUUAAAAUUUGUUAUAGUCAAAACCACAUUGGCCCUAACUUACUUACAAGUGUGCAAAAUACUCCCCAUCACUUUGAACACACUUAUCUAAUUAUUUUUGGCAGUGUGUCUCUUAACUUAAUAAGUUGUUAAAAUUUAAACAUUCAUUGUAUCUUUCAAUCACCUGUUGAAUGUCAAUGAUGCUACUAACAGGACAAGUGAGAUAAAGACUGAGUGUUUGUCACUGUAAUUUUCAACAUAGAGUUCAUUGCUGAUACAAUCAAUAGCAGUGGAGAGAAUGGGCAAAGUUAUGUGGGAGUAAGUUUAAGAGAUAAUGGGAAUGUGAGACAUAUAAACUGCUCCUCAGUGAGAGAGACAGAGACAGAGACAGACAGAGACAGACAGACAGGCAGACACCAACAGAA